AUGUUUGUGGCCAAAUGGGCUCCUGGGGUUCAGGCUGAAAAACCCGAGCUCACCACAGUCCCAGUAUGGCUUGAUUUCACUGGCGUACCUCUUCAAUUUUUCAACAGAGAUGCCUUGAAGGAGAUAGCUGGCCUCGUUGGACACCCAAUCUGCUUACACCCGUCAACCGAAAAUCUCACAAAUAUUGAGGUUGCUAAGGUGUACACGGUGAUUGAUCCAAGGAAGCCACUACCGGAAGCUGUUAAUGCACAGUUUGAAAAUGGGGAAGUUGUUAGAAUACAAGUUUCAAGCCCCUGGCUCCCUUCACUUUGCGGUCAUUGCCUAAAGGUUGGUCACACUGUCUCAAAGUGCCCAGAUGCACCACCAAAAUGUAGCGUAUGUGGUUCAGUAAAGCAUUCUGCAGAAGAGUGUACUAGGCUUCGUAAUGGCCUGCGCAAGGACAAAGCCCCCAUAGCCAGCGAACUCCCUAUUGUGGAUCUCCCACCUCCCUCUCAGGUGAAUCCUGUCCGGACCAGGGCCUCCACAGAGCACGCUCAACCUCACAGAUCAGGAGGAAAACCUAAUUCCAGCAAGAGCAAUUCUGGUCACUCCGUGAAGCAGCAGAGUUCUAAUGGAUCUGCUCUUCCCUCUGCGCAAAAAUCUCUCAUAUUUGUGGAUUUAAAUGCUACGGGAUUAAGUUCUACAAGGAACUCCACUCAAGAAACAGACACGGACUUGGAUUCAGGGUUAGAAAGCAGCUCAGCUGAUGAGGAUGAUCCAACCGAAAAAGCUGAUCGGUUCAUUGAGGUAAUGUCUCGCAAGCUGAAGAAGUCUCAGAGAUCUCUUCGAAAAGCCGGAGCCAGAGGCUCCUUAAACCUCUGA